AUGCAAUUAUUCAUAUUAUUCAUUGCUUUCACAAUCAUAUGCAUCACUGUUAGCGAUGCAUUUAAGCCAAAUGGAGUGGACUGUGAUCCACAAGCCAUGGAUGAGACAACUCGAUGGCUGUUUUUCUUGAAUGAUCCAAAACAUAACAUACCUGAGACCGAAAGUGACCGGCAUGAAUUUUGCACCGAAAGAGUACAAAAAGAGUUAUAUGUGAAAAAUUAUGCCAAACGAUGUUUGAAGGCAUUUCCAUAUCAAGUGACUACACUAUUGAUGUAUGGAGUGAUUCGCAAAAAUAAAUACUAUUGUACUUUCAAAAGAGGCCAAAAAGAUAUCGUAGGUAUGGCUAAGUGCUUGAAUGACAUCAAACCAAUGGGAGACAAAUGUAUGAGCAAAUUGAUAGAUGAAGCUAUGAUAACAAUCAAUGCACCGGAAAAUUUGAAAAUCGGUUUGAUUUGUUGUAAUUAUUAUAAGUUUGAAGAUUGUGUAACACAUGAGGCGUCGGAAAGUGCCUCAAAAGACUGCACUGAAACCAGUGUUACACUCAUUGAACAGCUUCUCGAGGGAUAUACCGGACAAAUGAUUGGACACAUUUGCACCCAAUAUAGACGUGAGACGGAUCAGUGCCAAAAGAUACUACGGGUGCCCAAAACGUGGACCAGAGAAUUAACUAAUCAAACCAGAUAUAAGUCAAUUUUGCCGCCAUUUAUUGAUAUUCUUGAAAGCAUACCGGCCUAA